AUGGCUAACUUUGGCCCUCCCGUAUAUCUACUAUCGGAUGGGCAGUACUGCCGCAAUCUGCUAGGAAACCCAGUCCAUCAAGCAAUGUACUUGUACGCUCGCAGUCAGCCGAAUCUUGAGUCUCCACAGGCCAACUUUUUCCUUUCAGAGCUUCAGGCCGACUUCCGCCUGGAAGACGGAUAUUCAGUCGGCGCUGAGUUUAACACAGCAGCGCGUCCUGGUCGAGAAGGUACAUACAGCAGAACCGACAGAGUUGUAUGGAGAGUAGACACAGAGCACUUGACUCUGACAGCGGACGUCGUUCUAGAGGCGAAGGCGCCGGAGAGAAUGUCUGAUCGAGAACAUUUCAAGCAGGUAUUGGAUGAUGCAGAAGAGAUCGUCAGGACACAUCAAUAUGAAAGGUUGCAUGUUAUUACGACGCGCUCCACAACAUUUCACACUUGGUUGUAUACGGCUGGUGUGCACAGGCUGGAAUCUCUAUUUCCUGAGGAGCUUUAUGGUCAACACCUGGACGUAUCUGUACCUCAGGCAUCGGAGGAAUGGUUUCGCUUUGUGUGUUCGGUGAAAACGAAACCGAAUAAGUUGAAAAUACAUCCAUCUCAAGUAUUACAGUCCCAGACUACAUCUGCGACGGCUGGACCAAGUAGCUUGGCCUUCCCGGAGACGGCAACCAGUCAAGUGUGGCCUGAGAGCACUGUCGAAGAGAGGACUAUUGAUUAUGGAGAGCCCUCACAACCAGAACUUGGCAGCCAGGGGGCUAUAAGAAUGGAUGAUAAUCAGGAUACAUCCCAAAACGUUCCACAGCAAUUCCAAGCCCAGACCGCUGCUGGUGCUUCUGGACCGGGUCACGGCUCCGAUACCCCUUUUAUCGACGUGACGAACAAUAUUAGAAGAGUACGACACAGGAUGGCGCGUGAUGAACUGAUUUUCAUCAAUAGCCAUGGCAACCAAGUUGUAACGGUCGAGGACGACUGGAAGCGCCGACCGAAUCUCGGUCGCCAUGCACGGGUUUAG